AUGGCGCCUGUUGUCAAGAAUGACGGAGCUGUCAAGGCCAACUCUGGCGCGAAGAACCCCCCGAAUCAGACCCUCUACGUCUCCAAUCUCCCGGACAAGCUCCAGAAACAGGACCUUCGUCGCUCCUUGUACCUUCUUUUCUCGACAUAUGGCACUGUGCUUGAUGUCGUCGCCCUCAAGACCAUGAAGAUGCGCGGCCAGGCGCACAUCGUCUUCAAGGACAUCAUGCACGCGACCCAGGCCAUGCGCUCCCUGCAAGGAUUUGACUUCUUUGGCAAGAACAUGGCCAUCGACUACGCCAGAGGCAAAUCCGUGAUCAUCAGCAAGCUGGAAGGCACCGGUCCCCCCAGGCCCGGUCAGUUUGCCGCGCAGGAGGCCCUUCCACCGCUGACCACUUCCACCAACGUGCCGCCCCCUGCGCCGGUCCAGAACGGUGAUGCUGCGGGCGCGAAAAGGAAGCGCGAUGACGAGAGCGAUACCGAGGAGAAGCCGAUGGAGGAGGACGAAGAUGAAGACCAGGAGAUGGAUGUUUCGGACGAAGACUAA